UCGGGAGAAGGGAGAUGAAGGCUCAGAGGGAAAACAUGCAUGUGUGACUGAUGCUACCCAACCUCUCUAGAUGGAGCUGUACAUUCACAGAGAGGAGAUGGGGAAAAAAAUAUCAAAUUUGCCCUCCAUCCUCAUAUCCUGCAGCAAUGCAAGAGGGUGGAGGGGGGGCUGUAAUCCCAAGGUUAACCCACUCCAAAGUGCUCUGUGCCAGGCAUGCCAAGUAGCCCUGAUGGACGUGCUGCCGAGGCUGACUGGGUGAUGUCAUCAGUCCAACUCUGCUGCCUGAUCGUCACUACCACUAUUGUUCUGCUGUCUGUGUUAAGGCUCCAUUUAUAUUCAGUAAGAUCUGAGAUUCCUCCUCUUGCUCUCUCUUUCUAGUUAUCUCUCUCCUCUCACUCUUGUUUUCUCUCUCCCUUGAGAUGCCGUCUCUUUUCUUCUCAAUUUAUGUCAAACUGUUGAAUGAAGACCUCAUGAGACAUCAGUGUUUUUAGGCAGCAAAGCAGGCAGCCAGCCAUGCAGGCUCGUAAAGUAAGGAGAGUUCCAUACAUCUACAGUGAAAUUCCUUGAUCGUCAUCCCUUUAAAUCCGUUUCAGCUGUGGCUACGGUCUCCUAAGACUUGAAUGCUUAAGAUAAUCAUACACUCCAGUGCCUGACAGCCAAACUGAUACAGUGUGAGAGGAUAAAUCUGUAUUCCUCGCUUGUCUUAACUUGCAGGGUAAAUCAUUUGCUCGAGAAGAGCCAAAGUGGGUUCUUAGUGGAAAAUCUAUGUAGUACAGAGAUGAAUGGCCUUAAAAGUUGAAGUGAGUUGGUGUUAUUGGCAUGGUAUGGGUUGGACAGCCCAACCUUGUGAACCGUGAUGGGUGCGUGGGCCGUGGAUGGAUUUCAUGUCUGUGGCGGAUCGGACUAGGAGCCCCAGGGCGGUGGGGCAGCCAGGCAGCUCGAUGGGGCUGGAGGACAGUGUCCUGGUUCAAAAGGAUAUAUAGGCAGGGGAUGCUUGCCACUCUCCAGACUGGCUCCUGGUGAGGGCAUGAAGAGCUGCUUGAGAGGAGGCAAGAGAGUCAGGCUGUUACAUCUCACACAGGGUACCACAGGUGAGGUACUGCAGGAGAACUGAGUGCACUGUAGCCCCAGUAGCAAUGGAGGACAGUGACCAUGAGGCUCACUCAUCAUCAGAUGACCUGGACUCCGCCCCGCCAUCCCCUGACAGCACCAGGGACCACCACCAUGAGCCCGAACAGCACUCACACCAUUACAAGGAUGAUUCUGAAGACUCUGAGUUGGAGAACAUCAUGCAACAAGACCCCCACCACAGCGGGGACCACCCUCGCCCGCCUCUGGGCGGCUAUGAGCACAGCCCCGACCUGGAGCACUCCCACCCGGUGGACAGGGAGGCAGAGGGUGGCGACACCCCCGGGACGCCCACCUUUUUGCAGCCCCCCACGGCGGGUGGCAGGGCCCAGUCAGACAACCAGGGCGUAGGGAGGCUGCAUUUGGGUGGAUGUGGGAUGGUGGAUCACUAUGACAUGCAGUCUCCCCUCAGUCCCACCAGGCCCAAGAGCCCCUGGGGCCGCUUUGAUCCCUACGACUUUCCAGAGGACCAAGACAAGGACUAUGUGGGCUUUGCCACACUGCCAAACCAGGUGCACCGUAAGUCUGUCAAGAAGGGCUUUGACUUCACCCUGAUGGUAGCAGGGGAGUCUGGUCUGGGCAAGUCCACCCUGGUCAACAGCCUCUUCCUCACAGACCUCUACAAGGACAGGAAGCUACUCAACGCUGAGGAGCGGAUCACUCAGACAGUGGAGAUCACUAAACACACAGUGGACAUUGAGGAGAAGGGCGUCAAGCUGAAGCUCACCAUCGUAGACACCCCUGGCUUUGGAGACGCUGUCAAUAACACUGAAUGCUGGAAGUCAGUGGCGGACUACAUCGACCAGCAGUUUGAGCAGUACUUCAGGGACGAGAGUGGACUGAACAGGAAGAACAUCCAGGAUAACAGAGUUCACUGCUGCCUCUACUUCAUCUCUCCCUUCGGACACGGCCUGAGGCCUCUGGAUGUGGAGUUUAUGAAGGCCCUUCAUGAGAAGGUCAACAUUGUGCCAAUCCUGGCCAAGGCAGAUACACUCACACCCACCGAGGUCAAGAAAAAGAAAUUCAAGAUCAGAGAGGAGAUCCAGCAGUAUGGCAUUAAGAUCUACCAGUUCCCAGACUGUGACUCUGAUGAGGAUGAGGACUUCAAACAGCAGGAUCAGGAGCUCAAGGACAGUAUACCGUUUGCGGUGAUCGGCAGCAACACGGUGGUGGAGGCCAAAGGGAAGAGGGUCCGGGGUCGUCUUUAUCCCUGGGGCAUCGUGGAAGUGGAGAACUCGGCGCACUGUGACUUUGUGAAGCUGAGGAACAUGUUGGUGAGGACACACAUGCAGGACCUGAAGGAUGUGACACGGGAGACACACUAUGAGAACUACAGGGCUCACUGCAUUCAGAGCAUGACCCGCAUGGUGGUGAAGGAACGCAACCGCAAUAAACUGACCAGGGAGAGCGGCACAGACUUCCCCAUCCCUGUGAUACCAAGUACCACAGACACAGAGACGGAGAAGCUAAUCCGAGAGAAAGACGAAGAGUUGCGGCGAAUGCAAGAGAUGCUCACAAAGAUCCAGGAACAGAUGCACACGCAGAAGGAGGCCUAUUAACCAAGGCUACUACUAGAACCCCUUUCCCCUGUGUAAAUAUUGGCCCCUUCUUUCCACUACUAGGGUGGGCACCCCUAGUACCACUCUACUCGACCCACAAACAUUGUCUGCUCCAGCUCAUCCAACCCCAACUGCCACCACUCCUCAUUUAGUCAAUAACCCUCACUAUCAGAGACUGAUCCAAGACCAGGCAUGAGGCAUUUACAGACAGGAGGUGGCAUGGUGAGAAGUUUCUUCUUCCAACAACAUGGAAGCCUUGCAUCUCCACACCUGUUGUGGAAACUCUAACGGUAACAACGGGCACCCCUGUCAGGUGCCAUUGCUAGAGCACAACACCGGUCUGGACAGCACAGACCUAACCACCUGCUUGUCCUUACAGGGUUAUGGCCGGGUCCUGCCUGCCUGCCUUCCACCCAUAGUUUAUAUGUGGUCUUGUCAAAAGAUAACUUUUUGCCUUCCAGUUUUGUCGCUAAUGUUCCUUGAUGUUUCUCCCUAGUGAAGUCUAACCCCUGACAUUGGUUAAGGGAUAGACUGUAGAGCAUGUGUUGUCCUGUCCCUCUGCUAGGUGUUUGAAAGUUUAUAUUGUAACAAGUUUAGAUGUGUGGUCUUAACCAACCUAGACAAGGUAUGGUUUGAGGGAGGUUGGCUUGCCAGAUUUGUAUUUUUUUGUCAUGCACAAUUUUUUCCCAAGAGCAUUUUUAAAAGGUCAAUACUGUAGAUGGGCAUCUUUUUUUUACUAUUACAGGAUUGCAUCUAUCACUUGUAAUUAUUUUAUUUGCAUUGCUACACAGAAUAGCAAGAAAUUCCUUGUUGUGGAAUGAAUGACAAAUGUUACUGAAGUAGUGCUGUGUGUUUUUGGACAAAUGUAUGUUAAUAGGGCUAAUUAGUUUCCUUCAUGUUUCCAGUUCUAGCAUGCUCAAAUCUGGGUUGUUCGUUCUUGUAUAUAACUGACAAAGGAAACCCACUACUUACAGUUCUGAUAUCUGUAAUGAUAGUUUCCUGGAAUAUUGUUGACUUGCAGCUCUCCAGGUUUGUGUUCAGGGUCGUGUUCAGGGUCGUUUUCAGGGUUAAAACUUUCUGCAGCGAAAACCAAAAUGUGUGUUCUUAGAACGAGAUUCAAUCCCAUUAUAGACAUUGUGACUUUUAAAGGCAAUUUCAGAUUGAGCUGACAUGCACAUUUACGUGAUAGGAUCUCUGCAAACGUGGGGAACAUUGCCUUUUAAAACCCGAGAUCGGACUGAAUCCCGGCCCGAAUGGACAAGUUCAGGCAGUAACUCCCCGUAGAAUUAUAUAUUUUUUACUGAACACGACCCUAAAGGAGAAAAGAGCAGGCUUGAGCUACUUAAGUGCCAGUCAAGAGACGCUGGCCUGGGGACCAAGCAGACAGGACAAGCCCCUUAUUCUGCCGGAUGUCAGGGGUUAGAGAAUGACCGGAUCGGCCUCGUAUCUUUAUAGAAGUGUCUGACAUAGCAAGCCUUCAUUCUUGGGUUGAUGUACUCCGUAGACUUGAUGUUGAUUGUGGACAGUAAGUAUGCACCUACUCUUUUGAAGUACAUAUGUUUGAGUGGAUGGUUUUAUUAUGCAGUCAAAACAAGAAAUCAUGUAAUUAUUGUUUAGGUAUUUUCAACUUCCAUGUUUCCCCACAAUAAUUUUGGCUUUAAACAAGUUUUGUUAUAAGAUGAAUAGUUGUAUUUAUUUUCCUCGGGUGCAAAUAUGAGGUCAUUCACAAGGAACAAGUCAUGAGAUAAAAAGAUACAUGUUUUGGAUUGUAUGAAUAUGCCAGAAAAAUUUAUGUUUCAAUGAGAAUAAAAUAUUUCAGAUCUGUA